UGUGGUACGUCAUGGCAGCGGCGGCGGGUGUUGUGCCGCGAUGGCUGGUGCCACUGCGUGGCUGUUGCCGAGCAAGUAUGCGGGCAGCCAUCCCAUCUGCGUCAACAGCGCUCAAACAGCAGCGUCGAUGGAACUCUGCGAGUGCUUCGAAUGCAGAGGGACAGAAGAGCCCGUCAGCGGCUGCGUACUGUCGCGAGCUCGUGCGUCGCUAUGAUCGGGACCACUACUUGGCGACUCUUCUUCUCCCGAGCACAGCCCAGCGCGCAGUCUUUGCGCUGCGCGCGCUCAACAUCGAGGUGGCUACGAUUCGGGACUCAGCUCGGGAGCCAGCCACCACCUCGAUGCGCUUUUUGUUCUGGAAGGAUGCUAUCGAUGCGCUCUUUGACCAGGGUCGACCUUUGCCACAGACCCCCGUUAUGCAGGAGCUCGAGACCCUGCAGCAAGAGCAGCAGCUUCAGCUCACCCGUACCUUUUUGCGACGACUCAUCAUGGCGCGCGAGAAGGACUCGGACGUGCCCUUUGCCUCCAUUCCACAACUGGAGCGAUACGCCGAGGAUACUGCUUCGACCCUCUUGUAUCUCACACUUGAAGCCAUGCAUAUCCGCAAUCAUACCGCUGAACACAUUGCCUCCCACAUUGGCAAGGCGCAAGGACAUGUCACGCUGCUGCGCGGCUUGCCGUUCCUUGCCAAGCGCAACUUGUGCCGUUUGCCCGUGGAACUGUGCGCCCAUCAUGGCUUAAGGGCCCCUACCGUCCUUCGAGGUGAAGUCACGACUGAACUUCAAGACGUUGUUCAUGCCGUAGCGAGCAAUGCCGUCCGCCAUCUCAACACAGCGCGUCUGGAAUACCAGGCCGAUGAAACUCAGCUGAAGACCGCUGCCUCGGCCUAUCUGCCUGCGGUUGCGCUACAACAAUAUUUGGACCAGCUGCUGAAAGCCGACUUCAACCCUUUCCACCCAAACCUCGCUCAAACCUCGGGCCUUUUGCCGUUUCGCAUGGGCUGGGCCAAGUUUCGCCACAGCUUUUGAAACCCUGUACGUGCAUGGUGUACAUACUACCCAUGGCACUUUUUGCCUUUGGAAGUUUUUUCCAAGAGCCAGCUAUUAGAUCGGCCCGAUUAGACCACAAACAAUCGAGAGAAGAAAUCUU